AUAUAAAUAAUAAAUUUUCGGUUAUUUUGAUAUGGAAAUGGGGUAACAACAACUUUUAGUUAGGUUUGACAAUUAUUUUGUUGUGUGAAAUCGAAAUCUAACCAUGUGUUCAUUAAGUUCGUUAUAAUCCUCGCAAUGUUUACUUUCGUCUAAGGAAAUUUGAGAUAAAUUUUAAAAUAAUUUUCGUUACAAAAAGGAAAUUCUACUCGAUUGUUUUGUAAAUAAAACCGAUAUAAAUAAUGUGGAAGAUAAGAUACAAUAAUAUUAGAUAGUAAUUAAUAACAAAAAGUUUUAUAAAGCACUUCAAAUUUAGUGCGACAACCUUAAAUGCAACGAGUAGUUUGAAAAACUGUGAUAUGAAACCUUAUUGCAAUCGAUUGUGAACUGUUGUUUCGUGUGGUUUUAUAAAAGAGAUAGAUACAAAAAACUAAUCAAAACAAACUUAAAAACUUCAACCAAUCUGUAUCAUGCAGAAAAAUUCAAAAAAUACAAUUCCGAUUAUUUUGAAAACUGUCGCGUUUUUAUUUUGUGUCCUGCUAGUUCUUGAAAAUAGCUUUUACAUAUUUCAGUCUUCUUUAACUCUUAGAGAUGAAAUAUUGAUAACAAAUGAAACCACAACCAUCAGCACACCUCGAAAUUCAACUCAAAAUGAUCUCAAUUCAACAACAAAUCCCGACCUGCCUCCUGCUGGCUUCCUUGUAUACAACAAACACUGCCGUAUUCCUGAAGUUGAUCCUUUCACACCGGAUGCCAUGAAGAUAUUAAAGAAGAAAAAAUAUUCAUCAUGCUCAAAUGAAUUGCCAUUGACCAAAGUUAUAUUCGAUAUGAACCUUCGGACUUAUAAUUUACAUAUUGACGAAAUCGCUAAACAUAAACUAAAUGCAACUAAUAUUAAUUGCUGUUAUCAGUCGAUAAUACGCUCUGGUUCUGGUAAUCGUGUUGAUAAGGAUUUCAAGUUAAAAAGUUGUGUUACAUUCAAAGAUGGUGAUGUAAUACCGAGUGAUGUUGAUAGUUUAAUUGUUAAAUGUGAAGAUGCAAAGAGAAAUAAGACGAUACAACAAGAUGCAUUUUAUUUAGUUGGUGAAAAGCCAGAGAUUCGUAAAAGACUGCAGUCUUUUCGAAAUGGAACCUUUCCUAAUCGGCCUGUUAGUGUAUUAAUGUUGGGAAUUGAUAGCAUAUCGAAAUUUAAUUUGCGAAGAGUUAUGCCGGAAACAACGAGUCGUCUAAUUCAUGAUGGAUGGUUUGAAUUAAAAGGUUACAAUAAGGUCGAUGACAACACUUUCCCAAAUUUGAUGGCAUUUCUCACCGGAUAUAACAACUCAAAUGCUUAUUCUAAAUGCAAUCCAAAAACCAAAGAUGGCUUAAGCAAUUGCCCCAUGAUUUGGAAUUUCUUUCAAAAUAUCGGAUAUGUUACCAGUUACGCCGAGGAUGAAACCUGGAUGAGCACUUUCAAUUUCAAUAAGAAAGGUUUCAACAAAAUCCCUGUGGAUUAUUACCAACGGCCAUUUAUGCUUGCAAUUGAGAAGACACUGCCAAAAAAGAAACAAUCAGGAAUGUCCUUUUGUGUAGGACUUCGUCAUUCUGCUGAAUAUAUUUAUGAUUCAGCUAUCGAAUUGGCAACAAGAUACAAAAAUGAACCUUAUUUUGGUCUUUUUUGGACCAAUACUUUUAGUCAUAAUUCAUUUAAUGACGCUUCCAGCAUGGACAGCCGAAUUGUCAAGUAUAUUGAUGAAUUGUCAAGUAAUGGUAUUUUAGAUGAAUCAAUAGUGAUUCUAUUCAGCGAUCAUGGAAUGAGAUUUGGACCGUUGAGAAGUCUUAGGCAGGGAUUUCUCGAGGAACGUCUGCCAUUUAUAUUUAUUUGGCUUCCAUUUUCGUUUCGAGCAAAGUAUCCAAAGCUUGCCGAAGGUCUUAAGUUGAAUAAACAUCGAUUGACAAAUCCCUACGAUCUUCAUAUGACGUUAAAACACAUUAUAGAAUUAUCAGGACGAACACCAAAACUUCCCCAAGCAGCAGACUGCUCAAACUGCCAGAGUUUAUUCUAUCCGGUUCCGGCUCAACGAUCGUGCAAAGAUAUUGCAAUCGAUGAACAUUGGUGUACUUGUAUUCCAUUCGAAGAUGUAAAUAAGAAGAGCAAAGUUAUAAAAGAUGGUAUCAGUGCUGUUUUAAAGCAUUUGAACUCGUAUCUGGAAAAAGGAAAAUUCUUCCCUCGCUGUGAAAAUCUCAAACUUAAAUCUGUCGAAACAGCUCGAAAGAGAUAUGAUUUUGACACUGAUUUAACUAACGGAAAUAACACCUUGGAACAUUAUCGAAUACGAUUUACUGCUCAAAAAGGGAAGUUUGAGGCGAGUGUAACUUUUUCAAAAACUUUAAAAAUCUACGAAAUAAUUGAUAGUGUAAGUCGUUUGGAUUCGUACAAAGACGGAUCUGCGUGUAUAGAAGAUGCAGACGCUAAAAAGUAUUGUAUUUGUGAUAAAAAUGUUAAUUCUAAGAAAAAUACAACAAAAACUGCUACUACUAAAUCCAUUUCAAAACAUUAAAGUAUGUUAAAGUAAUUGAAUUAAGUCAAGAACAUAGUGGCGCUGUUGUUAUCAGAUAAGUUUUUGUUUUUAUUUGAAUUUAUACUUGAUUUUAUUUAUAUUUGUUCCUUUUCUAAGUAUAUUUCUGCAAACCAUAUCUGAUAGCAAAUAGUUAAUUUCUAUUGAAGUUGAACAUUAAUAUG